GGUGGUGUACGUUUAAGUUUUCCUUUUGUACCCGACAGCCCAGCGGUUUAUGCUUGUGAAUCACAAAGACAACAUAUAAAUAUAUUGGGAGCAAAGACCAAGGCAAAAUCGUUUGAAUAAAGUUAGGUUGGAACACAGUUACACAGCCCGCAAACUAUUCCUAAUAUACAAGUAUAAUAUACUAUAUAACGUUCAUGGCACAAGACCUGCCCCCUGGGCCGAUUAUAAUAGCAGACUGGCAUCUUUGCGCAGAAAGCAAAGACUUCUUCAACAGAAUUCUGCAAAAGAAAAAACGAAGGCAGUUUGGCCUCUUGGAGUCUCCCAUGAUGGCGCCUCACGUUGCCGUGGAGACAGUGCAGUACAAAGUCUUCCUUUCUGGGAAGAGUGGAGUUGGGAAAACGUGUCUCGCAGCACGCCUUGCAGGGCUCAGCACUCCCAGCAUGCACUAUGAAACUACAGGUAUUGAGACCAUAGUGUUAUAUUGGCCGGUGAAACUGAGGGAAAAUGGCCGGGUACUUUUCUUCAGACUGCAGCUUUGGGAUUGUGGAGAGAAUGCCUUGCGUAGAUUCGACCACUUACUCCCCUCUUGUAAGGAACAGGUGGAUGCGGUCCUCUUCCUCUUCUCCUUUACCGAUAGAACCUCCUUUGACGAUCUACCCAAUCAGAUCGCACGAUGGUCAGGGCCAUCUGACCAACUUGUGAAAAUGGUGGUCGGCACCAAAUUUGACCUGUUCAUGCACAGCGACGUGACGCAGAGAGAAGUGCGGCAGUUCCAGGAGACGCAGGGUCUCCCGGUCCUUCGCACAGGGGGAGAGGUCAGCGACGGGCUCGGAGACGUCGCCCCGUUCCUCAACUGCCUGGCUGAACGGCUAUGGCACCAGGACUGCAUGGCGGCCACACUGCCCAGUGGCCCUAAUACCCACUACCGGGAAGGGGCCCUCAUUUAGGAACACUUGGGUGGAUGUGUGCCGUGAACUACUACCUCCGUUUGGGAUGAAACAUCUGUACAGUGUUGUGACUGGAAUCUCUCGUCGUUGACCGGACAGAUUUGAUCACCAGUAACCAAGUAAAAAGGAUAACAAUUUUA